AGGCGGAGGCUUCCUCUCAGCUGUUCUCACAAGUUGUCCCGCCUGGAGAGAAGUUUGCAGGAGGCGCAGUGGGGGGGCCGGCAUCCCCGGAUAGGCAGCUGAGGAAGAGCGCCCAGCCAGGCACCAUUGCGCGGGGGAGAAAGGGAACCGCGGGAAGGGCGCCUGGCAUGGGAGGGAAGCCACCCUGCGAAGCCGGACUCUAUGUUCGCCUCCUGCGUCCAACGACAGCCGGGAACAGCCGCUGAACCUCGGCACCUGGAUUGUUUGUGCGCCCCUUCCAAGGUGGAGGUGUGGCGAGAGCGCUUUCCUUCCUGGAGGAGAGCGAAGCGUCUCCCUCGGGGUAGCGCCCAGCCGCGGAGCCGUCUCCAAAGGGGAGAGCGGAGAGGCCCGCGGCGGGCUUGACCAUUUUGUGCUGGAGGAAUCCCGGGUAUCUCUUUUCCAUGGAGGGCGAGGAGGAGGAGGAGCGGCGAGCUCGCCAAGAAGCGCGCGCGAGCAACGUGCACAGGGUGGAUGCAUAUGGGUUUGAAAGGCCAACAGACUUUGACUAUACAACUUACGAAGAAUUCUUUUCCAGCUAUCUAGUGGUACUCACUAGAAGAGCAAUCAAGUGGUCCAAGCUUUUAAAGGGAAAUAAUGGUUUACCAAAAAAUUUAAAAGUGAAACGCUAUAUCAGAAAAGGCAUUCCAAAUGAGCAUCGCGCACUGGUCUGGAUGGUUGUGAGCGGUGCCCAGGCUCACAUGGAACAAAACCCAGGAUACUACCAGAAAUUACUUGAAGGAGAAAAAAAUGACAAGCUAGUGGACACAAUUAAGACGGACCUGAACAGAACAUUUCCAGAUAACAUAAGGUUUCGCAAAACUGCUGAUCCAUGUUUACAGAAGACACUCUACAAUGUAUUAGUGGCAUACGGGCAUCAUAAUAAAUCUGUGGGAUACUGUCAGGGCAUGAAUUUCAUAGCUGGAUACUUGAUUCUUAUUACAAAAAAUGAAGAAGAGUCUUUUUGGCUGUUAGAUGCUCUCAUUGGUCGAAUAUUACCAGAUUAUUAUAGUCCAGAAAUGAUGGGCUUGAAAACAGAUCAAGAAGUCUUGGGAGAACUUGUGAGAAUGAAAAUACCAGCCAUCGCAGAAUUAAUGGACAGAUAUGGUGUCAUGUGGACCUUGGUGGUGUCCCGUUGGUUUAUCUGUUUGUUCAUUGACAUUCUUCCCGUAGAGACUGUGCUUCGAAUUUGGGACUGCUUGUUCUAUGAGGGAUCAAAAAUAAUAUUUCGAGUGGCCUUAACGUUAAUUAAACAACACCAAGCUUUCAUUUUGGAAGCCAAGAACUUUCCAGAUGUCUGUGAUAAUUUUAAGCAGAUCACCAAAGGUCCGUUUGUAACAGAAUGUCAUACUUUUAUGCAGAAAAUAUUUACAGAUCCUGGAAGUCUGCGGAUGGCUACCAUAGACAAACUUCGAGAAACUUGUAGAGAGAAGCUUAUUGCUCAGAGAUAAAUGGGACAAUAUUUAAAACAACCUACUGCAAAUGUGGACAUAUUCCUUUACUUAAUUGCACUAAAUCAUGCACAAUUUCCAGUCUCAAUGAGUGUUGACUGGCACUUGACCAAUUUUUUCCAGCCUUUCAAGUAAGUGUUAUAAACUGGAUAACUUGAUUGUUAUUUUUUUUAAUUAUUGUAUAAAUAAAAUGUGAUCAAUGUGAUGGUGAAUUCUUGGGAAAGGGUCAGAAUUUCUGUUUGAGGAAAUUUUUGUAAUGUUUAAGUCAGUAGACUUAUAAAUACAUAAAUUAUGAAGGUACAAAAUAAAAUUCUAUUUAUUUGCAAA